CGCUGUUCUUGUUGUGCGCCGGCAAGUGGAGAGGAUGAAGCCGCCGUCACGUGUGCGUGCGGCCCCGCAGCGCUACAGCGGGGUGCCCCAGACGGGGGUCGGGGAUGGCGAGGAUGGCGAGGCAGAGACGGCGGAGAUGUGGAGCCGCAGCGAGAAGCAGCAGAUGCUGCGAGCAAUGGGCCAGCAGAGUGCCGGGCGGCCCCUCGACCAGCUGGCACUGGAGACAGCCGUGCCCACCCGCUGCCCACAGGAGGUGCUGGGUUACGUACAGAGCCUGUGUCAGCGGUCCGAACGCAGCGCCGUGCAGAAGGUCUACAACCAACGGCGGCGGGAACACCACCACAGGCUGCGGCAGCCACACGUACCACUGCAGAUCUGGACGGAGCUUGCAGAGGCGGUGACAGGACGGCUAGACGAGGUGAUCGCCACAGCUGUCUCACAGACCCUCCUGAUCGCAGCCACGGAGCCCGUGUGCGGGGACGGGCACUGUCGAGUGCCAGCGCGGGACGGCGGGGGUCACGGUGAGGGGGAGGGGAGGGGUCCCGGUGAGGAGGCAGCGCCCUCCGGGAGCGGUUCCGGACCCGCCGCUGAGGGGGAGCCCCCGGGCAGCCAGCGCCAGGCACGGGACACGGACACGGACACGGACACGGACACGGAGUGCGCUGCUGUCUACAGCUUCCUGUCAGCCGCCGUGAGGGGAACGCCUCUGCCUCCCCUCCCACCCCAGGCCUCGUCGCUGCUGCUGGAGCUGCUCCACUCUCUCCCCGCUCAGGUUCUCUCCCUGAGGGGCCGCCCUCUCUCCCCCGCCCUCCAAGGGUCCCAGGGCCGGCUCCAGGGUCUCCACCGCCUUGCCCCCCCAGGGGCCCGUCCCACCAGCCCCCUGAACCCCCUCCCCCGGCCCCUCAACCCCUUCACCCUCCCCCUGGGACUGCUGGUGGGUGGGGAGGGGGACUCCCCCGCUCCCUCCCCCCCAAGCCCAGCGCUGAUCCUAUGACCACCUCUGACCUCUGACCCCAGGUUUAAAUAG